UUAAUAGAACAGUAAAACAUAGAAUUAUAAAUUGCCAAAAAUAUGUCAACAAAACUUAAUAAUUCUAUUAACAAAGUGCAAAGUACUGAUAGUAAAAGGAUAAUUGUUUCUACAAAAUAAUUCACCCACAGGGGUGUUCAACUGUUCUUUGUGUAAAACAAGGCAAAAUGUCUAUAAGAGUUCUGGGUCGUCUAUUUAAAAAUGGUACAUCCUUACUACGUAAUAUCUGCAGCAGAGACUUCUCAAUCAACAUUGCCGACAAAAUCAACGCUGUUUCAAAUGUCCCAGUUGCAUCUGAACAAGUCUCUCAACUCCAAAACCGGUUAAUUCCUCGAAAUUUUGUCUUCCGUAAUGUUGGUCUUCAUAUCGGUCAACAAGCAAGAAGGAUUCUCAUUGACAAUGUUCUGAAUCGAGUUACAAAUAGCUUAGCAGCGGAUUUGAGAAAAAAAGCAGCGAAAAGAAUAUUAUAUGGAGAUUCUGCACCGUUCUUUGCUUUAGUUGGUGUAAGCUUGGCAUCUGGGACAGGAAUUAUAACUAAAGAAGAAGAAUUAGAAGGAGUAUGUUGGGAAAUACGGGAGGCUAUUUCUAAGAUGAAAUGGUUUUAUCAUGAUGUAAAUAUUGAUGAAGUACAGACUGAAGAUAAUCCAAUAACUUUAAAAGAUCUAGUGUGUGGAAAACCAAUUGCACAAGGGGCAAAUGCUGUGGUUUAUGCCUGCAAGCUGAAAGAUAAUACUUCAGAUAAAGAUCAAGAAGUAAACCCAACAAGGAGAGAUGAUAAGGAUGAUAAUCAAAAUGAAUACCCCUUUGCUCUUAAAAUGAUGUUCAAUUAUGAUAUUCAGUCAAAUUCAAUGGCUAUAUUGAACGCUAUGUAUAGGGAAAUAGUCCCUGCUAGAAUGUAUUUCAGUAAGGGCGAGAAUUGGGAACUAGAUUUAGUCAACAGAAAAAGGCAUCUACCACCACACCCUAACAUAGUUGCCAUGUUUUCCGUAUUUACCGAUUAUAUUCCCGAGCUAGAAUCCUGCAGGACUUUAUUUCCAGAGGCUUUACCCCCUAGAAUCUAUGCUGAUGGUUAUGGAAGAAAUAUGUCCCUAUUUUUAUUGAUGAAAAGGUACGACAUGUCCCUGGAAAAUUACUUAAAACAGCAUGAAAUAAAAAAUCGAACUUCAAUUUUGCUGUUUUCUCAAUUACUGGAGGGCGUAGCUCACUUGACAGCUCAUAAGAUCGCACAUAGGGACCUUAAGAACGACAACCUUUUAAUUGAUUGCACAGACCCUGAGGCCCCGAUCCUUGUUAUUAGCGAUUUUGGGUGUUGCCUUGCAGAUCGAUCCAAUGGCUUGAUGUUGUCAUAUUCUAAUCCCGAAAUUGAUAAAGGUGGCAACGCCGCCCUGAUGGCCCCCGAGAUUUAUACCAUGCAACCAGGGACUUUCAGCGUUUUGAACUACAGCAAGUCGGAUCUAUGGGCUGCAGGAGCCUUAGCUUACGAAAUUUUCGGUGGCGACAACCCUUUCUACGGAGGAAGGGAUAAAGCGACCUUGAGAAACGCGACAUAUAAAGAUGAAGAUUUGCCAGAGAUGCCCAGCCAUGUGGCUCCUAUUUUGAGAGAGUUGGUUAAAAAUAUUUUGAGUCGCAAUCCAAAUCAGCGACUCGACCCAGAAAUUGCCGCUAAUGUAACACAGCUCUUCCUAUGGGCCCCGAGUGCUUGGUUGAGAGCGUCCAGAAAGUUGCCAUCUUCAGCGGAGAUACUCCAGUGGUUAUUGAGUUUAACGACGAAAGUAUUGUGUGAGAGGAGGGCAAUCCCCAGUUUUGACGAGUUGCAAAAUAAAGAAGGGAUACCUCAGGGCAGACGAACUUAUCCAGAGUAUUUACUUAUAUCAAGUUUCUUAUGUAGAGCUAGCAUCUACAACAUUCGACUUGCACUAUCUUGGAUACAGAAUAACGUGUAUGAUCAAGAUUACUAAAUUAUUUCAGAGUUAUAUUAUUAUUUCUAGAUGGUUUUAUGUUCGUUAUGACUUUAUUUUAAUCAUUCUCUUCCCAAAAUUAUAGUUUUAGACUGGUGAUCAAAUUGCAGUCCCAGAAAUUGUUGAAUAUAAAUCUAUUUAUCUGUUAAAUUGGAAGUAAUGAUUGUAUUUCUUGUGUAAAUAAAGAUAUUAAUCGUAAA